CACACACAACUCUUCAGGAACAAUCUUGACGGUUUCCCAACAGACCAGCCAAAAUGGCGUUCCGCGUUGCCAUCCUCGCAAAUUUCGACCCGGACGAACAAGGUGGAAGCGAAAUGUUAUCCAGAAUCACCACUCUACUCCGUAGCUCCCGAACAGGUGCUACUGAGAUCACUAUCCACGCCGCCAUCCGCGGCGAUGCCUUCCCGGACCCGUCCGAGUACGAUCUGGUGAUUCUGACAGGAGGACCAUUCAACCUGUUGAAACACACCGAGGAGAAUGAGAGACCGGAGUGGGUGCGGCGAACACUUGGCUGGAUCCAGGAGACUGUGAAAACCCACGAAGCAAGUGGGCUCAGUGAGCCGGGUAGUAAGAAGAAGAAGAAGGCCAAGUUACUGGGGAUCUGCUGGGGUCAUCAAGCCAUUGCCUUGGCCCUUGGAGGACGGUUGGGACAGGUGCUGCAGGAGAGAGGCGGGCAGUUAAUCGGUGUUGAGACCGUCCCUCUCACUUCUCAAGGCGCUGCUUUCUUCAAGUCUGAAUCGCUUGACAUUCAAAAAAAUCACGCCCUUGUUGUAACCCACCCCGGGCCAUAUCUUACACCUGUCGCUUCUGGCUCAUCAUCUUCUUUUCAAAACGAGGUUCUCCUCUCCCACAGCCCUCCUAUUCUCACCUUCCAAGGCCACCCGGAGAUGGACGCCGCUCUUGCAAGACUAUUUGCCGGAUUUGCGACGGGAGGCGCGUCGGACCGUGGAGACUGGAUUCCGUCGGAAGGGCUGAAGGGUAUCGACGACGUACAUGAUGGGGAGGCGAUCUUGAGAAGGGUGGUGGCGUGGGCGAGCGAGUAGCGGAAAUAAGCGAGGCUGAAUUGGGGUCUGCUGAGGGUCAUAUCAGUGGACGAACGUGUCGGACGUAGGAUCCACCUUUCUGCCCAGAAGCAGUGAGGGAUCCAGCUUUUCUGACUGGCAUUAAUAACCUAGCUAUUACAACAUAGUAGUGUGUGUGCGCGCCUAGGCUGCCGUAGCUAUAACUAGGCCGAAAGGGGAAGAAAAGUCAUCGCGCGAGUCAGAAAUCAGCGGCGGAAAUGGUACAGGACGAAGCAAUGACAGAAUGUGACUUCGCAUGGAACCAUCUCAAC